AUGGGCGGUUCUUAUUCUUAAAGUCAUUGUUAUGCAAAGCCAAUUUCUAAGAAGAAAGAUGGUGAAACAGAAAUUUAUAGACAUCCUGAUUUUUUAAAAGAGUUACUUCUUGUACCAGAGCCUGGUGUUUGUACUAUGCAAGAUGUUUUCUUAAAAUCAGCACAAAAAUAUCCUCAUCAAAAAUUAUUGGGUUCAAGAGAUUCUUAGAAAUCUGAAUAUUUUUGGAAAACAUACAGCGAUUGCAAAAUAUUUGCUGAAUAGUUAGGUAAUGGUAUGAUUGAGUUAAACCUCACAACCCAUGUCAACGAGUGGAAUGAUUUAAAUAUGAACCUUGUAGGCAUAUUCGCCAAAAAUAGAGAAGAAUGGCUUCUAUUGGAAUACGCUAACUUCCUUUACAAUAACACUAUGGUUCCUUUCUAUGAUACUUUAGGUAUAGAAAGCAUCAGCUUCAUACUUGGCUAAACUAAUUUAGAAACAAUAUUUUGCUCUGCUCCUUCUGUAGAAAGUUUAUUAAAAUGCAAGGAAACUCAUAAGCUAAAAAAUAUAGUUUUAUUUGAUCCAAUAAGCCAAGAAGUGCAUGAUAAAGUUAUCCAACGCAAUUGGAAUAUAUUUAACAUGAAGGAUGUUAUGGCAAAAGGUAAAGAACAAUCCAGACCAUAUGCUAAAGUUACUCCUGAAGAUGUUUUAACUUUUAGUUAUACUUCUGGUACAACAGGUAACCCAAAAGGUGUCUUAUUGACCCAUAAGAAUAUUGUGUCUGUUGUUGCAACAGGAUCAAAUGAAGGAUUUAAUUAAUCUGACUCCUACAUAAGUUAUUUGCCCCUCCCUCACAUCUUAGAAAGAAUUUUUGUUUGCACCUUCUUAUACUAUGGAGGAAGUAUUGGUUUCUAUAGCGGUGAUGUAAUGAAAUUAAAAGAUGAUUUGGCUGUUUUAAAACCUACCAUAUUUGUUAGUGUCCCUCGUCUUUAUGAUAGAUUCUACGGAGCUAUCAAGUCUAACAUUGAAAAGCUCACUGGUGUGAAAUCAAAAUUAGCAAGAAAAGCCCUUGCCUCUAAGACUAAAAGAAUUUUAUCCACUGGUAAAUGCACUCAUAAAUUGUGGGACAGACUUGUAUUUAAAAAAUCCAAGGAAGCUUUAGGAGGCAGAGUGAGAUGGGCAGGCACCGGUUCAGCUCCUAUUUCUGGAGAAACACUUACAUUCUUAAAGGCUACUUUAUGUAUACCUAUUGCAGAAGGUUAUGGCUAAACUGAAAGUUGCGGUGCUACAUUCUCUACUGCCUCUAAUGACCCUUUAACAGGACAUGUUGGAGGCCCUAGACCUAAUUAUGAAUUUAAGUUAGUAGAUAUUCCUGAUCUAAACUACACUAGUUUAGACAAAGAUGAGGAUGGUAAUCCUGCUCCCAGAGGAGAAAUCUGUGUAAGAGGUAAUGGUGUCUUUAUUGGGUAUUACAAAGAGCCAGAAAAAACAAAGGAAGCUGUAGAUGAAGAUGGUUGGUUACAUACCGGUGAUGUAGGAUAAUUAAAUGUCUACAAUGGCAGUGUAAAAAUUAUAGAUAGAAAGAAAAAUAUCUUUAAACUUGCUUAGGGAGAAUAUAUUGCUCCUGAAAAGAUAGAGGGUAUCUAUAUUAAAGCAAAGGGAGUAUCAGAAGUAUUUAUCCAUGGUGAUUCAUUAUAAAGUGCUUGUGUGUGUAUUGCUGUACCUGAUUAAAAGUAUAUUAUGGAAUAUGCUAAAUAGAAUAAUUUAUCUAACGCUGAUAACUUUGAAGCUCUCUGUAAAAGCGAAGAAAUAAAAACUCAUCUUUUGUAAAAUAUGACUAAGUAAGGAAAAUCUGAAAAUUUGUUUGGUUUCGAAUAAGCUAAGGCAAUUUAUCUUGAACCUAAGAGUUUAGUUGACCUUGAUUGCAUGACUACAACUUUCAAAAUAAAAAGACAUUAAGCAAAGUUAUAUUUCAGCUAACAAAUAUAAGAAAUGUAUAAUCAAAUAAACUCUGUUUAAUAACCUAAUUAAUGA